UUGCGAGCCCUGUGAAAUUGCAAUUAACUAUGGAUACAUGUGUUACAGGUUGCCCCCAUUCUACUUCGACUGUGGUGGUCAGUCAAACGAGGGCUAUUCCUGGUGUAUACCCAUCAAGCAGUUCUGCGAUAGCAACCCAGACUGUCCUAAUAAUGCUGAUGAGAAUAACUGUCCUAGAUCUAUUAGCUGCCCAGCAGAUGGCACCAAGCUGUGCAAUGGUGCCUGUAUACUGGAUUCUGAGCCAUGCUUACCCCCUGCGCCCUGUGAGUUCCCAAGCUUCAGCUGUGAUCAGGGCAAGAAGUGUCUGCCAAGUAAUCAGAUAUAUGACGGUAUUGCGCAAUGUGCAGAUGGGAAGGACGAGGAAGGAUGUGCUGGAAAGGCAACGAUAAAUAGGGGGAAUUUCACAUUGAAUUCGCAGAGAACCCAGCUCACAAUUCCCAGGGCACAGAAGACCGAUGUCAUGUGUGUGCAGUGCCUGGUUAGCAACAAGUAUGGCAACAUCUUUGGGGACGGCUGUCUUACAGUUAUAGACAAGAUUGAGAUAGACAAGGGCCCCAAUGCCACAUAUGACGUUGAGCCCAAUAUGGAGAUUGUCAUCGACAUUGUUGCCCACACAGACCCAGACUGGCAGAACCAGAUGAGCUACCAAUGGUUCUGGUACAUGCCUGUAACCACGCCGACUGGUGACAAGAUUAUAGAGAAGCAGCAACUCCCACCCACGUCCAGCUAUAACCAGUACUUCAAGCUGUCAAUGUCGCGCAAGGAGCUGACCUUCACCAUACCCGACGUGAAAACACCGGUAAUGGAGGGCAAUACGGCCGAGUAUGAUAUCUACCAGGACCUGACGGAUGACAGACUGUUCUCCAUCAAUAUCAGCCACCAGUUUGACCAUAGAGUGGUGAACUUCACAGUGAAAGGAAAGGAGCUGGAAAAACCAAAGCCUGUGCCAGUGAUCAAGCCUGCAGGAUUCAAUCUGUGGUUUAUUGCUCUGAUUGUGGGUAUCCUGGUAGUGUUUAUCGUUGUGGCCCUUAUCAUCUGCUAUAUGUACCGGAACAGAGGUGGUACCUACCCAUUGGACAAGAAGGAGAAGAAGGCAGGCAACAACCCUGAACAGGAACUGAAAGAGAAUGAUUUUCAGGAUGUGGGGAGAGUUGAUGACUUCUUUGAUGAUACCAGAGAUGCGGAGACCGGUAUAAAUGCAGAGGCGCAACUUUUGAGUACUGACAUAGAGGAGGCAGACAUUGGGAAAGGGAGUGAAGUCCAGGAGGACGGGUCGGAUAAUAUUGUUGAGAGGCCUUUAAAUAGUGGCAUGGAGGAUGCAAACAUUGGCAGUGAAUUCGUGGAGGACGGGUCGGAUAAGAGGAGAUGUAGGAUAUUGUGAUCUAGUGUAGCGUAAUUACUUAUUAUUUGAAAGGUUUCGAUCUAUCUUUAAAUGUCACUAUGAGGGUAUUCAGUGUUCCAAAUAUGAAUAUAUGAUGUUAGACUAUACUUAGUUUAUAUUUUCCGUCUUUAAAAAGUUGGUAUUCAAAGUUGUGAACAUCAUAAAAAAUGCGGAAUCGAAUGCGCAUGCUAAAGAACUUUCAUGUACAAUUGCUUGUUUUUUUAUUUAAUACGACUGCUUUAAAGAGCUGUUGAGGCUUUAUUUUCCCAUUCAACUGUAGAGUUUUGUUUUAUCUUGGUAUGUAAACUGCAAUGUAAAAAGGCAUUUGUAUUAUACUUAUGUUCACUGUUUGGUUGUGACCGUUGUAACAUAGGAUUUGGAAACAGCAUAUCAAGUAUUACAAGAGAAAAUACAUAUAAAACAUUUUAAAACUUACAGCACAUUCUUUAUUUAAAGUACAGCAAAAGAUUAGAAUAAAAUUUGCUGGUCUUUUUUUUAAAUACAAUUUCACACUAUGAUAUUUCGAAUUUGUGAAUAACAUAUAUGCAUUUUUGUUUUGUAUGUUUACCUACAAGCAUAUCUGGCAGCUUAUUUUGUGUGUGUGUCUUUUCCUAUUAUCUGUUUGAAAGAAAUUAAAGCUUCACAUUUACAUUUUACUGUGUUUACAAUUGUUUAAUGUUAAAGAGGAAGAAAGUUAUGCUGAUUAUGCAGUUGAUUAAUACAUUUCUAUCUUUAACAUGUUUGAGACACAAAUUAUAAGUAUAAUAUAUAUAUAUAUAUAUAUAUAUAUACUGUUAUUUUGUUGUUGUUGUUUUGUUUGUGUCUUUUCUUGUUUACAUUUUGCUAAUGUAAAAUUCUCGUACUUUCGAACAAAAACUUGUUAGAUUUUUUCUUUUUCAAUUAAUAUAACUUCCGUACUUCCGUUCUGUAUUAAAGUAUGUUUUUGUUUUUAUAUUAAUAUUGCAAACUAUAUUUUUUGUCUCCGUUUUUUAUUAAAUGUAUUAACAACCAACUGGACUGCCGCACACAACUUACCAUUACCUAACUGUCAUUUGGUAUGAAUAUUAACAUAUGUACUCUAAAUGUAAAAUGACUUAUAGCAAGAUCAAACGCACUAAAAUGUUCAAAUGGUUAGACGAAAAAACAACAUAUGUCUUUUACAUGAAAGUCACCUAACACUUACCUUAGCACAAACCUUGAAAAAGGAAUGGGACGGUUAUAUCUAUCUUAGUGGACAACAAACAAAUAAGCAAGGAAUCGGGUUUCUGAUCAAAAGUAAUACAGGAGUAACAGUGGAUAACUUUAACGAAAUAAUAAUUGUCAGACAAGCAAGUAUAGAUAUAAAAAUACACGAAACACAAUAAACAUUAAUAAACGUAAACGGCCCUAACAUAGAUGAAUCUAAAUUUUACAAAACACUGCAAUCUUAUAUAACAAGUAAUCAAGAUAAAAACAUUAUAGUCAGAGGUGAUUUCAAUAUUGUUCUUAACCCGUUAUUAGAUAAAAGAAAUGGAAACCUUUAUACUCGCUCAAAAAUUAGAAACACUUUGAAUAACAUUAUUGAAAACUACAAUUUAAUAGACAUCUGGCGUACAUUUAUUCUGAACGAGAGAAAAUUCAACAAUAUUUUUUAGAUUAGACUACUUUUCAAUAUCUGAGUCACUUUGAAAUAUUAUUGACACAUGCAUCAUAAACCAGGAUUUAUGACUGACCACUCGCUAGUUUUAAUUAAACUGCAUAAAAUACAACCUGAAAGAGGCACAGGGUAUUUUAAACUUAAUAAAAGCAUUUUAUUACAUACACAAUAUAAAACACAAAUAAAACAAGAAAUAACCAAUACAGUUCAAGAUAAUAAAUAUGCAAACCCAAACACAUUAUGGAUAAUAAUUAAAUGUAAUAUACGUAAGACAACAAUAAGAUAAACAUCAUGAAAACAAAAAGAAACACACAAACUUGAAAUAGAAACCAUAAAAGUCAUUGAAUCAAUUGAAAAACAGUUGCAUGAAACAAACACAAAUGAUUCCACCGCCAUUGAAAAUGAAAUUGCUUAAAAAAACAAAUAUUAGAAUGAAUUUACACACCUCAAUGUCAUAUUACUUCGAGCGCGGGCACAGCAUGUUCAACACAAUGAAACACAUACAAAAUACGUUGCAAACAUUGACAAACGUAGAAGCGAACAAACAACUAUACACAAACUAGAAGUCAAAGACAAAGACAUAUCAAACAGAAAUCAAAUUCUAGAAGAACAACGCCUAUUUUUCGAAACCCUCUAUAAACGAAAGAAUGUCGAAAAUAACACCCUUUUUAGAAAUACACAUCAUGCUUUAAAUGAAGCGGAAAAAUAAUUAUUUGACAGAUUACUAACUGAAUAUGAAUGUGGAUUAGCUCUUAAAGAAAUGCAAUCUGAAAGAAAUGCAAAAUAACAAAAGUCCGGGAUCUGAAGGCAUCACUAUCGAGUUUUAUAAUAAAAUAUUUUUGAACGAUAUUAAAACGCAUUUAACAAAUUCACUAAAUUACUCAUUUAACAACGGAAGUUUAACCACACUUUAAAAACCAAGUAUAAUAUCACUCAUUCCAAAACCCGGAAAAAAACUUAGAAUCCUUGUCAAACUGGCGCCCGAUUAGUUUAUUAAACAAUGAUUAUAAAAUAGCAACAAAAAGUAUUGCAAACAGAAUCAAAAAAAUAUUACCAUCAAUCAUUUCAAGAGCUCAAUCCGAUUUCAUAAAAUGACGUUUCAUUGCUGAAAACGUUCGUCUUAUACAAGAAUGCAUAAAUUAUUUCAACAAUUCAAAUAAAUCUGGUCUAAUAUUAUUUGCAGACUUUGAAAAUGCAUUCGAUUCACUUGAUCAUUCGUUUAUGUUCGCCUGCUUAGAAAAUAGAACUUUGGUAAGAGUCUUAUUAAAUGGGUUAAACUGUUCUUUACCGACAUAAAUAGUAUAAUUACUAACAUUGGCUUCUUUUCAAACAGCUUUAACAUUGAACGAGGGGUUCGACAAGGGUGUCCACUCUCAUCAUCACUAUUUAUUAUGUGCAUCGAGUAUCUAUCGCAUCACAUCCAAUCAAAUAAACAUAUAAAUGGCAUAUCGCUAGAAAACAACGAAUUAAUCAAACAAACCCUAUGUGCUGAUGAUGCAACUUAUUUUUUAAAUGAAAAUUACGAUUCUUUCCAUAUCCUAAUUGAAUCGUUGACCCUUUUCGGAAUAACAUCGGGUCUUAAACUGAACAAAAGUAAAUGUGCUGUGCUAAGAGUAGGCAAAUUAAAACAAAGUUAUGUCCAUUAUAAAAAAGGAAUUAAAUUCUAUUGGACAUCAGAUUAAGCUACCACGUUAGGAAUUACAUUUACAAAUAAUGAAAAUGAUACAGUUUUGAAAACAUACUGCCUAAAUUACAGAAUUUUAAAAACUGCUUAAAAUCAUGGCAACACUGGACACUUAUACUUAUGUGAAAAAUCACAGUAUUGGAAACGUUUGCACUUCCUAAAAUAAUCAAUGUACUAACAGUUCCCCAAUUCCACUAAAUUAUAUAUUAACGAUGUAAAAUCAAUAAUAUUUAAUUGCAUAUGGGACGGUUAACCAGAAAAAAUUAAACGAGAAAAUGGAGGUAUCAAAUUAACGAACAUUGACGCAUUUCUGAAUGCAAUCAAAUGCAGCUGUGUUAAAAGAUACCUAGAUAAUACCAAUACGAGUUGAUGGAAACUAUUCUAUCAGAAAAUUCUAAAACAAAUAUGGUGAUUCUUUACUUUUUGAAUGUAACAUCAGCAUAUGAAAAGUAUAUGAAAAGAUUGUUCUAUAUAAUCUUCUAUCAGCAUGGAGUAAUGUUUAUCAUAAUCUAGUAAUCCAAAUCAAUAGUAAAAUUAUUUUAUGGAACAAUAAAGACAUAUCUUCAAACAACAAAACGUUUUUCUAUUUACAUUGAUUGGAACAAAACAUUAAAUAUGUCGACCAAUUGUACGAUUUCAGAAUUAAGGACUUCUAUUCUUUUGAUAAUAUAUAUUACAUAUACGGAAUACCUUCAAGUAAUUUCCUGAUGUACUACACAUUAAUCAAAAGCAUAUAUGCAUAUUAAAUGUAUAACACAUACGCCAAACACGCCAUGUUCGCAAACAACAUUCGUAGAAAACAUGCAAGAAAAAUUUAAACGAACAACUUAUUUUACACGCUACAAAUUAAAAACCCUGUAGAAAACUCCAAAACUCAAAAUAAAUGGCAAAGCCUUUUUCGAGAACAAGAAUUUACUUGGAAUGACAUAUUUAUUAUGCCAUUUAAAGCAACUAUUGAUAGCACACUGAUACAUUUUCAAUAUAAAUACAUCCAUCGAAUAAUAGCAACAGAUUAAUAUAUUUUUAAGUUCAACCUAUCCAACACAAAUUUAUGUGAUAUAUGCUGCGAACGCAUUGAAACAAUAGAACACAAUUUCUGGGAGUGUAAACAUAUUCAAACUCUAUGGAACCAACUGACAACAUUUCUUGAGAAACAACAAAUAUGAGUUAAACUGUCCUCCUAAAUAUUAGUUUCGGUGUAAAUACCUUCAAAAUAAAAGAAAUUAAUAACACUGUGAACUACAUUAUUAUAAUAAUGAAAUAUUUCAUAUUCAGCAUGAAAUACAAAAAAACAAACACCUUCUUUGAACUGUUUUAUAAACUAUAUCAAACUAAAGAUGCAAAUAGAAAAGGAAAUAGCCAUCAUCAACGAUACACUUCACUUUUUGGAACAAAAAUGGAAACACAUCAAAAUUUCAUAACCCAGUCUAGUUGUCUUACCCAACUAACCUAUUGUUCUAAGUACUAUAUUUAAAAAACAAACAGACAAACAUAUAUCGCUAACAAUUAAAAUCAAAGCGCUGAAGGCACUGAAGAUGUUCGCUAUUGCAUAAUUCAACACGAAAUUCAUUUUUCAAAAUCAAUCGCAAGUUUGAAAUGAACACACGCCAUUCAAGUUUAUAAAGUGUGUGUCAUAGCGCACGGGUCGAGUUUUGUGUGCACUUUUUAUCACCCUUAUUAUUUCAUAGAAAUAACUAAGACAAAAUAAAAAUAACAUGCUUUUUGGAAGUUCUGAAAGCACAGAAAGUAUGAUGAAAAUGGUAAUGGGAACUUAAUAUAAAGAAAAUUUGCAGUCACCAUCAUAUUAAAGGAAUAUUUUUUCUAAUAUCAAAUGAAUAUCUCACCAAGAAUAUAAAUUCAUAAUGAAAGUUCCGUGUACAAAUCUUUUGAUUUUUGACACCAUAUACACAUUCAAAAUAUACAAUAAUCUUCGUAUCUUGUAUAUGGAGGAAUAAAAGUAUAUAAACAUU